ACUUUUUUUCAUUCUUUAUAUAACAGAAAAAAGAUAUAAAAAUAUUGGUGAGUUCAAUAUUAAAUAACAAUUAUUUUUUUUAAUUAAAAUCAAGUAUUUAUUUCUGCGCUUAAAUAUAUAUAUUUCAUUAUGAAAUAGAGCAUUCAAGAAAGAAGUUCGACCGAAAGAAAAUAACUUCCUACUAUUCAAUUUCUUACUGCAAUGCGAUCAUGUUAAUGCAUUUACAAUUUUUAAUUCUAAUUCUGAUAACUUUUUUAAAACUUCGAUACAGUGACUCUUUAAAAUAGUGUAAUAGAAUCUGAAUUUGGAUAUAUUCAAAUACCAACAAAAAGUAUUUAACGUAGUGGAAUGUUUACUGAAGAAGCAAAAUCGAGUGACAUUACAAAUGCAAAACAUUUAUUUUCCACGUCUAUCAUCGUGCUGCUGCAGGAAUUAUUUGUGAUAUUAUAUUUUUCCCAUUGGAUACUCUGAAAACACGUUUACAGAGUCAACAUGGAUUCUUGAAAUCCGGUGGUUACAAACAAUUGUAUCAUGGUAUAGGACCUGUAAUGAUGGGUUCUGCUCCAGCAGCUGCUUUAUUUUUUAUCACUUAUGAGGGAUUAAAAGAAUUUUUACAACCACAAAUAUUACCUCAAUAUCAUGCAUUUAUACAUAUGGGUGCUGCAUCACUGGGUGAAAUGGUUGCUUGUUUAAUACGAGUACCAGUGGAAGUACUUAAACAAAGAAGACAAGCACUUUUAGCUGAUGUGGCUCGUUUAAAAUUACGAACAUUAUUUCGUGGAUAUGGCAGCACUGUUCUUCGAGAUAUGCCAUUUGGAUGCAUUCAAAUGCCAUUAUGGGAAUAUUUUAAAGUAUGUUGGAAACAGCAUGUACACCAUGAAUGUACACCAUUAGAAGGAGCUUAUUGUGGUGCAGCAUCUGUGGCAGUCUCUGCAGCUAUUACAACUCCAUUGGACGUUGCAAAAACUAGAAUAAUGUUGUCUUCGACUACAGCAGACAAAAAAGAAGUUAAAAUAUCCACAAUGUUAAAGGAAGUUUAUCGAGAUAAUGGACCUAAAGGGUAUGGACAAAUUGCAUCUUUCUAUUACUUGGUCUUAGAUUAUUCGCAGGCUUUCUUCCAAGGGUGGGUGGCUUUACUAUUAGUGGUUUUGUAUUUUUUGGUAUCUAUGAACAAUCCAGAGAGAUUUGUGCUUCAAUUUUCCCAUAUACAUCAAACCAAAAAAAUAAAACAUAGUAAAAAUAGUAACAAGAAACAAAAAUAUCUUUGCUCACUAUUCGAAGUUUCAAAUUCACAUUUUCUCAAAUAUUUUAUCAUGUUUAUUCAUUAAAAAAUAAUGAGUAAACUUUGCACUUUAUAUAUAACAAUACUUUUGUUUAUAAUAAACGACAGUAUUGAUUUUCUGAAAGGUGAUAAACCAUAAUUAAAUUAUCUGAAAGUCUUCACAGUUUCUGCUUAAAUAUGGCACCAUUAUAGUAGUGAAUAAUUAACUUAUAUAUUUAAAACUUUCAGAAUAACAUUCUUUUCUGAAAUUUAUAAAAAAAUAAAAUUUAUAAGAUAUAAUUAAUACUUAAAUUAAAACGAAAUGUACAUUAAUUUGUAAUAUAUAAAUGCAAAUAAUUGUAUUCAUAAUUACUGUUAAGAUGCACAUGCAUCUUGUCAGAAAAAUAUUACAAAUUAUAGAGAAUACUUUAGCAGUGAUUGCUUUAAUCUUUCCAUUAAGAUAAUAAUUAAGAAGGCACAAAUUUUUUCUAAUACUAAUUACUUGUUUAUCAUAUAAUUGUACUUAUAUGUCAUAUAAGAAUAAUUUAUUGUAUGUUAAAGCUUUGCUUUCAAACAUUAAUAUGUAGUAUUUAUAUAAUUUACAUUAUCUCCUUUGAAUAUUACAUGAAGAACAAAAGCAUUUAAAAUUUCAAUAUUCUUUUUGUUUUUUAUGGCCUAACAGCAAUGCGAUGUUUUGGGCAUACUUGUUAAAGUAACUGUUUCUUCUAUUUUUUGUAAGUUCUCUGGCACAGAUAAGAAAUCAUUAGCAAUUUCUGUAAAUAAUUCCACUGCAAGAAAUAAAUCAUUAAGUUCUUCUUCAAAGAA